AUGGGAGAUGCAGAAAGGGACCAAUCUGGAGGUGCCUGGUCUCGCGUUCCAGUUUGGGACGGAUCGCCACAGACGUGGCGAGCUUUCCAGAGAGAAAUGAAAUGGUGGACUAGCAGCCUGGACUUAGAAGGAACGAAGAAAUACAACCUUGCUGCACGUUGGUUGUUGAGACAGUCAGGCGUAGUUCGCCAAAGAGGUGAAGAGUUCAAUCCAGAUGAGCUUGAAUACCAGAAGGAGGUAAAAGGUCAAGAUCCACAGACAGGUGACGAAGUUGUCAUUACGCCUGAGGACCCGCUGAGCGGCUUGACAAAGUUGCUGAAGGCGUUAGAGGGCAUCAAUGGCAAAACAACACUUGACAAACGUGGAGAGCUGAGAAAUUUGUUUUACUUGGAGUUGAAAAGAAAACCAGGUGAACGCAUAGCUGAGUUUUGCUCCAGGUUUAGAGUUUCUCUUGCAGACCUCAGAACGGAGGGAGUGACCUUGCCUUCCGGUGAAGUUGGAUGGUUUUUCAAGACGAAGCUUGGUCUUGAUCCGCUGCGAGUGCAACUCCUGGAAACAGCCUUGUCAGGCGCUGAGGAGUACGAGACGAUCGAACGUGAAGUUCUUCGACUUUUCAAAGAUCUGCAUUCACAGGAUCCGUUGAUGCGCAAGUCCUUUGGAGACAGCAACAACAAGGGCGGUUCCUUGAUGCAAAGGUUUUUGACUUCCCAGAAUCCUUCUAGCAAGCCUUCGUCCUAUGCACCUUCGAUGGCUAGCUCUGUGCCGAGGUCCCACAGGACUUCAACAACUUCUGGAUCGAGCAGGUUCAGUGGAUUUAGAAAGCCUUUCCCGGCCCGACAGGCCAUGGUUUCUGAAGCAGAGGACCCUGAACCUGAUGAAGAAGCAGAGCUGUUGGAAGAUGAGAAUGAGGCUGAGCCGAACUUGGAGGACAUGCUGAAAAGUGAAGCCGAAGCACUUGCGGCUGAGUUGGAUGACGCUGCCGACAACGGCGUCGAUGCCUCGACCUUGCAGGAGAUAGAAGAAUCAGUUGAAACCGCAGCUGAAGCACUCCUCACCAUGAAGGAGGCACGAACGAAGUUGCAGGAAGUGAAACGUGAUCGGGGUUACCUGAAACCAGCCGAUGGUACCUCGAAGAACAACCCAAAGAAGACUGCCAAGAACCCAUGUUUCGAUUGCGGCCUUCCAGGACACUGGGCUGGAGACCCGGAAUGUGGCAAACCUGGACAAGGACUAGCCAGGAAGUCUUCGUUGAAGAAACCCGGCAGCCGACAUGUCAAAGUGGUUGAAACUUUGAAUACAGAACAUGUGGAUGAAGCGGAAGGUGAAAGCCAUGAGGUGCUCACCGUGUCGGCUCAACCUUUGUCCCAGUCCUUUGUAGCUGCACUUGAAGAUGCCCACUCCGUGACAAAAGAAGCGCUGAUUGCACAGCUGGCAGAAGACAAACGUCUUGUUGGAGCUUUGGAUUCGGCAUGCAACAGAACAUGUGCUGGACCGGAUUGGUUGAAAGGGUAUCUUCAUGGACUUCAAUCUGCACCAGAAAGCAUUAGGAGCCUAGUGACCUCAAAGCCUGAGCAUGAAACCUUUCGUUUUGGAAAUGGCGGCACCAAAGUGUCGGACAUGCGAUGGAGAUUGCCAACAGUGAUAGGAGGGAGGCUGUUUUGCUUUUGGUGUUCGGUGGUGCCAGUUCCAUCACUUGGUCUUCUACUUGGCCGUGAUUUUUUGGAAAGUAUUGGAGCUGAUCUGUCCUUUUCACGCCGUGAACUUUGCUGUGAACGUUUGGGGGCUGAGAAGAUUCAACUGAAACAGCUGGCUGCAGGACAUUACCUACUGCCUUUGAUUCCUGCUGCAUGGCCAGGUGUGGGCUCUCAGCGUUGGCGUAGGAUUGGACAAGAUGGCAUCAUUGAGUUGCAGAUGUCGACACCAGAUUGGUUGAACUAUUGUUUCAAGGGUCAACGUUCAUUGAGGGUGGCAAAACAUGACCAUUUGCUCACAGAACACAGUGUACAUGUUGGAAAUUUGGUUUGCACCGUGAUGUCAAGCCCUGUUUCUGGUCCUUCGGUUCAAGCAACCUCAAUGCGCUCUUCUUCAGAGCACCGUGAACCGACUCCUUCCUCUACGACCAGGACGACAUCAAGGACAUCUGUGAGAAAUGCUGGUGCCAAAGGUCGGCGUGCAGACCGGCAGAUGGCGCCGAAUGUUCCUCAAGCUGAACGAGCGCAUGCUGUGGGCCGCAAAAGGCCUUUCUUGCGCUUUCUGCCCUUUCCAUACCCCUCAACGUCAUCAACAGACAAAUGGUUGGAGCAAGCGCGCAAGCAGGUUUCAGCCGGGGUGAUCUCAAAGCGCCAUUUCAAGUUGGCGGUCGCAAUGAAGCAGUUCACAAUGGCCAAUCUGGGAGAAUGCAUACACCUGCGAGGACGCAUUGGCCUCAAAUUGGCGUUCUGCGAGGAUCCGACGGUGGAGGGCAUGUUGCAAGCUCUUCCCAUGAAAGGCAUGGCCAACAAGAUCCGAAAGGCCGUUCAAGCAGAAGCUGUGGCCGUAGCCAAACAGCUUGCCAGCGACAACAAGCGAGAGGCAGAGGCUCGGACCUUGAUUGGGCCAAAGGGCGGACUUCCUUCACUACGAGGGGACCUGGUGAGACUUGCAGCCCUUCUCCAAGUGCCUCUUGGAGACAAGGACACCAUCGAGGUGAUCAAAGAAAAGGUGAAGCCAAUGGUGGCCAUCCUCAAAGAGAAGCCUGUGCAGCCGACCGCUGCAAAGUCUUCAGCCAAAGCCAAAGCUGCCAAGCCGAAAAGCCAUCCCAAAGAUGCGAGCGCUUCCUCAAUGUCUUCAGAGGUGCGCCCACUGUCAGUUCUUCAAGAUCAGGUGGCAAGCUUGACAGCACAGUUGGAAGCAAUGAAAGCCUUGCUGCCGGAACAGCACCAAGUGCCGGUGGUGGAUCUCAUGGAGGUGGAUGCAAAAUCGGAAGUGGAGUCAAUGACUUCCGAAGAUUACAAGCAAGUUCAAGAAGCGAUGCUGGAGGAUUGCUAUGGAGAAGCCCUGAGAGCACAAUACGGGAACAUCGACCUGGUGGAUCUGACACAGGAGCAGAUCGAAGCAGUGAAGAUCAAGAGCGGCCAAGCUCAGAUGAUUGCACAAGCCUGGCAAAAGCAUGAAGCUGACCGUUUGAAAACCUCCUGGGGCCCAGCCAAGAUCCGGGAGACUUUGGUUGCUGACUAUGAGAAUGAUUUCUGGCAUGCAUUGACGGAGGAAACCUUCAUCCAACCCAUGGUCUUUGAUUUUGAGUCCUUUGCGGUUUCUGACGCCAAUGCAGUUGAAAAGAAUUCCAAGACUUCAAAGAAUGCCAAGGUUUCUGAGUAUAAGCAGUUUUCCAAGAAUGCCAAAGUCCCAUCGAAUGUCAAGGUUUCUGCGAAUGACCUGGCCACAAAGAAUGUCAACCGUUCUGAGCCCUGUGCAGGCUCGUCGAAGGUCAAGCCGUUUGUCACAGAGGUCUACACGAGUGCUGAGAACGUCAUGAAAGAGGCCAGAAAACGUGGACACAAUGUGGGGCAAUCUAUGUCCUUGGAAACUGGUUGGAAUUUCUUGGAUGCCAAUGACAGGUUCAAAGCCUACAACAAGAUCAGAGAUGAAAAGCCUUUUUGCGUGGUUUUAGCAUUUCCUUGCAAUGGUUUCAGCCCUCUUCAACGUUUGAAUGGACUUCAUCCCGAAAGAAAAGCAGAAAGAAGGGCGAUUGGUCGUGAACUCAUGAAGUUUGCUUUGGAAAUAGCUGAACUGCAAAUCAGAGAAGGUCGUCAUGUCAUCUUAGAAAAUCCUCGAGGCAGUGAAGCUUGGAAUGAACCUGAGAUGUUGCGUUUUCUUGAGGAGAAUGAGCUCUACGCCGCUAUCUUUGACCAAUGCCGUUUUGGCCUCAAAAGCCUUUCUGGUUGGUUGCACAAGAAGCCAACGAGAGUGGUGAGCUCAAGUUCAGAUGUUGCUGCGGAAUUGGAUGGAGUGACUUGCAUGCGCAACCACCUUCAUGCGCCAGUUCUGGGCGGCUCUCAUGUGACAGCCCGUGCGGGCAUUUACCCGAAGCCUUUGGCACGCGCCAUGGUUAGGGGCCUUGAGAAGCAGUUUGAACGAGAGUUUGCUCCUCGUGAAGCUCUUGCUGCCGAAAUUGGAGAGGAUGUUGAGGAGGAGGAAUUGGCUUUUGAAGGCGGUGGAUUGGUGAUGCCUCAAGAUGAUGGCAGUGAUGUGGAGGACGAAGUGGAUUCAAAAGGAACUGCAAUUCCUGUUUCUUCUGGCAUGCGCGCAACAAUCCUUCGACUUCACCAGAACACUGGCCACAGAUCGGGCAAAAGGUUAGCCCGAGCUCUAGCCAUAGCGGGUGCACCUGCAGAAGCAAUUCAGGCGGCGAAACAACUUCAAUGCUCAGUUUGCCAAGAGCGACAACCUCCUCGUGCCCGCCGUCCUGCUUCUCUUCCUGUGCCUUGCGACAUGGGUGACCAGAUCCAUGUGGACUUGCUGGAAGUUUUUGACACCAGUGAGAAGAAGUACGUAGUGGCCCAUGCAACUGAUGCCGCUACACGAUUUCAAAUGGCUGAGAUUUUGCCAGACAAAUCAACCAAGUCUGUGGUGCGCUUCCUUUCUACCAGAUGGAUUGCAACAUUUGGCCCUCCGAGAGUGAUGGUCGUGGACCAAGGCAGAGAAUUUGUGUCUUGGGAAAUGGAGGAAUAUGCUGGAAGCCAAUCCAUUCUUUUGCACCACAUUGCCGUUCAGGCGCCCUGGCAAAAUGGAAUUGCAGAAAGAAGCGGUGGCGUGUUAAAAGCCUUGUUAGCCGCCAUCGUCACUUCUCAAAGCGUCCUUGGACUUGAGGACAUGCAGGUAGCUCUUGCCGAGGCGACAUCAGCUUACAAUGGCGACAUCAAUGAAUUGGGUGCCUCUCCUUUUCAGGCCGCCAUUGGACGUCAGCCAAGAAUGGUUGGAGACGUGCUGGGUGGCAUUCAAACCAGGCUUGCGGAGCAUGGACUCAUAGACUCCAAGCCUUCGCUGGCUAGACAGUUGGCCAUGCGAGAAGUUGCCAAAAUAGGAAUGACCCGCCUUCACUUCAGCCGAAGUUUGCGGAAGGCAGAACUAGCACGAUCCCGAAACCCAACCAUUGAGCAGCUUCCAGAGCCUGGCACAAUCUGCUACUUCUACCGGCCUUUGAAGUACAACAACAAGACAGCGCCGUCCAAGAAGAAGCUCACUCUGAAACGUUGGCAUGGCCCUGCACUUCUCCUGGCCAUUGAAGGCAGAAGCUCUGGAUACUUGAGCUACAAGGGGCAAUUGACCAAAUGCGCCCUGGAGCACAUUCGUGCAGCCAGCACGAUGGAACAGAUAGCUGCAGAUUCAUGGCGUGAAGCCAUAGAAGAAGCUGUUGAGGCUGCCACCUUGGACUUGUCGGCCCGUGGACUUCCUUUGGCCGAUGGUGGCGAUGGAACUGCUGUUCAACAACCAGCUGCUGUGAUGCCAAUGCCUGGCACUCCUGCCUUCUUGCCCUCAUCUUCAGCAGCUGCAGUUCCAGAACAAGCAAUGCCGGUUGGCGACGACUUGCCUCCGGUAGCGCCUCAAGAACUUGCUGGUGCCUUGAUGCCUGCCUCUGCACCAGUAUCGACUGUGCCUUCCAGAAGAAUGAGUGAGGCGACGUUUGAACGAGCCACCACAGAUGGACUUUCGAGUGGACUCGGCGAUGGACUUCGAAAACGGGCCUCAAGCUUUGCAAGUCAGUUGCAGGGCGUCAUGGAACAGGCACAACGUCAACGUUUGGCAGAGCCUGCAGGAACCAAACGAGCUGCAGACACAUCACUGGAAAGAUUGAAGGCUGAAUCCUCUGAGCCUCCUGAUCCUCAACCUGAUGGACCUCCAGUGAUCACAGCAACUUCAUCAAAUGAGCCUGCGGCAGAAGCAUUGCAGACCACGAGAGAAGAUGUUUUGUCCAGUUUGGGCGAUCCUUCACUACAUCCACUGCAACACAUCUACAAUGCUGCCUGUGAAGACAGACUCAACCCUACUGAAGUGCGUGUGAAAGAUCAUGGUUCUUGGGAUGGCAGAUGGCCUUUACCCUCAAGAACGGAAUGGCAUGCUCACCAACGGCUUGGACUUCCUUGGCCUUGUGGGCAUGAUGAUCUGGUUGAAAAUGACGUGAUGGCAGUUCAAGCCAAUCGCAAAGAAUUUCACUGGCGCUCCAUGAGUGAUGCUGAAAAGGCUGAGUUCAAGAUUGCGGCCGAACAAGCCUGGAGUGUUUGGAAGGAGAAUGAUGCGGUUGAAGAACUAUCUCCUGAAGAAUCUCAACGAGUGCGUGAGAGACUGAAGAGAGAAGGCCAGCAGGGGAAGAUUCUCACCCCCAGAUACGUGUUUACCGACAAACACGAAGGCCUUCGCACUGAGCAGAACAAGUUGCCUCUCCGUGCACGAGCGCGCAUUGUUGUUCCUGGUUUCAAGGACAUCUUUUCAUUUGGACUUCGAAAGGAUGCUCCUACAUGUUCAAGACUGGCCCAACAUUUCCUGUUGACCUUGACGGCAUGUUUCAAUGUAAUGGCUGUUGGAGCUGACCUUGCUUGGACUUUGCUUUCAGCCGACAUCAAGUCAGCCUUCAUGAAAGGAGAUGCCUACAUGGAUGGGACCAGAGAGCUGUUCAUGGAGAACAUCCGAGGAGCCCUUGAUGAACCUCGCUUGCCUUUUCCUGGACUUGCCAGGAUACGCAAAGGAGUGUUUGGUUUGAGUGAUGCGCCGAGACGUUGGUAUUUGAGGUUGAACAAGUCCCUGAUUCAGCAGGGAUGGCAAAGAACUACACUGGACUACGCCUGUUGGGUUCUGUGGUCACCAUGUGGAACGAGGUUGGAUGGCGUCCUCAUCUCACAUGUGGAUGAUUUGCUUUUGGGCGGAAACCGCCGUGCUGUCGCCAAACUUCAAGAGCUUGGACGAGAAUUGGGGUUUGGAAGCACCUCUGAGAAGGACAUCACCUAUUGUGGCAAACGUAUCCGCCAAUGGGAUGACGGCCACAUCACCAUCACCAUGGAGGAGUACCACAGCAACCUGAAGACUGUGAACAUUCCUGUGCCUCGCCGAGCCAACCCAGACUCAGACUUGACGGAGAUGGAACGACGUCAACUUCGUGCAAUCCUUGGUUCACUACAAUGGCUGGUUGCUCAACUGCGAUUUGAUUUGGGUUUUCAGCUCAGCACCUUGCAAGGUGAACCGCCGAAGAUCAGCACCCUGAUGAAAGCGAAUCUGCUUGUCAAGCGCUUCAAGCAGGACCCUGACUUUGCCCUGACCUUCAAGCCGAUGGAUUUGAAGGGAGCUGGAAUCAUGGUGGUGACAGAUGCCAGUUUGGGGAAUGUCACCAAAGCUGGCGGAGCUGAUGGAACUGUGUUGGAAAAGGUGUUUAGCCAAAGCGCCUACUACGUCCUCCUGGCCGACAAGGACCUUUUGGCUGGACGAGAAGGAAGCUUCUCAGUGCUGGACGCAAGAAGCCACAGACUUCCUAGAGUAUGCCCCUCGACAUACGGAGCCGAGCUGCUGGGAACGGAAGAAGCCUUUGAUGUUGGAUGUUUCUGCCGUGGCUGGUGGGCGAUGUUGCAAGGCCUUCCAAUUGAACACAAGCGUGCUGAAGAAGUCAUGGACUGCAUUCCUUUGGCAGUCGUCACAGAUGCACGUGAUGUCUACGACAAAGGGUCUUCAGACACACCUUCCUACGGACCUACGGAUCACAAAAAUCCCUGGCAUUCACAGUGGCUUGGAUUCGUGGAGUCCUUGGCAAACCCAACACCAUGCUCAAGUGGACAUCGACGGAGAACCUCUUCGUGGAUUGCGGGACGAAAGACAUGA